UAAUCGCUUGGUGGCUGAAAAUUUUUUUCUUCGUUAAGUCCCUCUUCGCUGAGACUCGUGAAUCCGAAAGAGGCAAGUGCUUUCUCGUUUUCGUUUCCCACGCCGUCGCUACGCUUGAAUCUCAACGGCGUGAAGCCGUCGGCGGUGUUUUAGCAUCGCAUAGGUGCUCAGACAUUCGAGAGCUUCCCCUCACCCCCGCCGCUUGUGUUUCCGAGUCCCCCCUCCCCGUUCCCCCCCUCUUCGUACUACCAGCGAGAGCGCUCCAAAAGGGAUAAGCAACAACUCACGAAGAGAAAGAGACGUCGCCAAGGGGAAAGGCGAAAGAAAAGAUGAUUUAUUCGCAUCCUCGCUUGGUGUUCCUCGACCGUUCCCAGUCACCGAUCGGCGCAAAGCCGGUCGCGAUCACGGAACAUCGUAGCGCGAACCGACGCCACCGAAGGCCCUAAAUCUCCGAAGCCUGUGCCCCUUCCAACAGCAGGUCGCGAUGUGCGCCCCUUGGCGUCGCGUACCUACGAGCGGGAAGGCGCCCGAGACGUCAAGUUUGCGGCCCUGUUGAAGCGAGAGAUCAUCCGCGUGACAAGUCCUCGAAGCUCGUCCAAAGAUAAGAGAAGGUUCGUUCCCAGCGACGAGCCCGCGGUGUUCCCCAAUGGCCCACAGGCCAGAGGCGGCGCGAUCCGCAAAAUGACGUUCAAAGUGGGCGACUACGGCUGGGUCUGGGACGGCAUCCAGUGGACCUCUUGGCGAUCUUUCAACCCCGACCGGGAACACCAGCAAAAGAAGCCGCUUCUGGGUUUCACUCUCUUCAUUUGGAUCAAGCGGCUGAAACUAGACGAGGCCGAACUCCUGCGCAACAUACAAGUGCUCGGCGGUCGCGUGUCCGAGUUUCUGGACGAAGCGGUCAGUUUCGUGGUCACCGACCAGGACCCGACCAAGGUAACCGCGGCGCCCAAAGCUUGCGAAGAGAAAGCGCCGCGAUCGCGCGGACAGUUGAUACUGAGCCGCGCGCAAAAGGAAGGAGGAGCCGCGGAGGACUGCGUCAUUGACAGAGUGCGAGAGGCGCGCAUCCGAUUGUGGAACAUCAGCCAGUUCUUGCGCUGGGUCGAGGUGCAGCUCAACAUCCAACCCGCCGCUUCGCCAGACACACCAGCGGCGGCGACGUCCCGCAAGCGCAAAGCGUCCCGCCUGCCGCGACCGCUCGUGAAGGUCGAAGACUUCGAGCAGGAGUUCAAGCCGGUGUACAAGGUCUUCAAGUCCGACACUUCGCUCUACAUCAACUCCCUCUACCCGUCCAGUCCGUUCGACGACCCUGCCAUUCAGGAGCGCUACGUGCAGCUCAAGAAGUCCGGGUGUGGAGUGCUCACCCCCUCCGGCGACUCGGACUGCGCCGACAAGGAGACCAGCAUCACUGCGACAGCUAUCAAGCCGUCGCAACAACAGGGAGCAGCCGCCAACGCCACGACAGCAGCGCCACCACAGCCAAAGCAUCAGUACUGCGAAUGCUGCAAUGCCUACUUCUACAGCCUCCAGCAGCACAUAGGCCCCGACGGUGCGCACCACCGAGAGUUUGCGCUGCGUGACGACAACUUCGAGUGUGUUAAGGAGCUCAUUGACUGUUUCCCUAACCUGGACGACUUUGUGGGCAACGUGGACCAUGGCCUAGAUAAGACACUUGGAGACAUGCAUCCCUCGGCAUACCACUUUGCUAUGCUCAACGCAGCUGGCACGCAGGCGUCGGCUGCCGCGUAUCACAGGCCACCACCCAUGCCGUUUCCGACAAGGCCUGCCUUUGACCCGGGUCAGGUGAUGGUGAAGCAGGAACCUCAGGAAGACUCACCCCCCAGCACCAUGCACCAUUCGGGACUGCUCUCCGGCGUGGGCGAGGCCGGUGCAGCCGUUCCCCUGGACUUCUCGCGGACAAGUCAACUGUCCGAGAUCUGCGGCCAGAGCUUCCCGAGAGAGUACGUCCACCAUCACGGCCCGCCGCCGCCACUCAUUCCGCACCCUCCGUACCUUCCGGACAAGACUGAGGAGCAACAGUCGUGCUGGAUGGGAGGAGGCAGUGCCAAGAUGGAUCCGACCGAAAGUGGAGCUGCAGCCACAACGGCAGCCAUGCCUCCUCCGCCGCUGCACCUGUCGCACCACUCGCAGGGUGUGCCACCGGCGUCCAGUUCACACCACCUGCCGCUCGAAAACCUCAGCUUCCUCGACCCUCCACAGCAGGAUGCGAUGUUCACGAGCGAGCUUCCGCAGCCGGACUUCUCGUUUGGCCUGCAGAACCUCCUGCACAGCAUCUGCGACGAGACCGAGGACGAGAACAGUCAAAGGAGGAGCGGCGCCUUGCGGGGCAUCGAUGGCCACAAGGAGAACCUCGAAAAGGCUGUAGAGGGUGCUACCACUGCAGCGUCCUUAAUACCGCAGCCUCAACAGCCACAGCAGCCAUAUUCUAUGUGGUCCUUCUCAGACCCUGCAAUAAUGGCCGCCGACAAUGCAAGGUGUCAGCAGCAGCCGUCCAUGGAAAACUCGUCUUCGUCGCCGCUCGAGCUGACAGCGCAUACACCCUCUGAGGCACCACCGUCAUCUGCAUCCUCGAAGCAGACGGCGGCACGGCGAAGACACAGCCGCGACGACGAGGACGCGACGAGCAAUGGCAUGUCUGAGAGCAACCCCAAUCGUUGGACUGUCGAGCGGACGCGGCGGGGCGUGGGGCUGAAACUCAAGUUCACGCCGGCGCGCAAGCAGAGCUCUUCACUGAUGAGUCCUCCCACGCCGGCUCCCAUUACCCCACGGACACCAAAAGCAGCCAAGAGUGCUGGAGGCGGCGCUUCGUCCUCAUUCGACGUCUACGACUGGAACGAGGAGGAGGAAGGUGAGUGUUCGGAGUUUGUGAAAGUUCAGUGGCGAGUCAUGCACACUGAGGACACAAAGGUGAUUCUGUGCCGAACUAAACAGUUCGCGCUCCCGCGUAAGCAUGGCAAAAGCGUGGGAAGCGGCAAGCAGCUUGUCUACUGAUGCACGCUGUGGACUGCCUGAACUAGUGCGCAGUUGUCUCACGUGUCGGGGUUGCCGCUUUUUCACCUCGAGGGAUACGAUGUUGGUGCAAUGCUGGACCUCCGACGAGUGCAGCGUUGGGGCAGCGGCGUAACCACCGAAAAUGCAAUAUCAUCGGUGUAUAAGUCAGCGACUGCCCUUUUCUUGGUCACAGAGCCAUGGGUGGAGCAUCCACGAUGGACUUGCCAAGAUACGUACGUCUUCAAGCAUCUUCCCUUUUCUCCAUUCUCAUCGUUGUCAUCCGUCAAGUCUGCAUCUUGCCCGCUGUACCAUUUUGUCUGUCACAGAGCUACGUGCAUGCUUUUAAUUGAAAGCGAACCGAAGUGUUGCUUAGAGUGCUUUGUUGCGGCAUAGCCUCUGGUGAUUUUGAGAAUGCCGCGGAUGCGGAGAGGUCACUCGUGUGUUAUCUCUUGGUCAAGGAAGAUUGCGCCCAGGUAUUCCCAGCCACCGAAAAUUGGCAUAGGCUACGUGUAAAAAAUUUAAUUCUUCCUUACGGCGUUUCCUUGUGAGGAAUGGGGUACCUGGGCUCAGCUGACUAUGACAAAGCUCCUAUGUAUGCAGCCAUUUAGUGUUAACGUAAGCUCCUUGCAAAUACCUCCUCCCCCUCUCGUGGAGGUCACGAGCGUUUCAUGAACCACACGAUUUCAAGAAAAUACUCACGGCCAGGAAAGCAAACGUAUAGAUCUCUCUACAAUAAUGUGCUGUGUGAUGUUUCUCUUUGUUUCUGAAAUGAACCAAAGUUGUGUAGCUUCUUUUUUCUGUCGCUCCAUAUUUGUAGCUGAUAUCCAAUCACGAAAUUUGCAUUUAGCGUACGUGGCCAUUACAACAGCCUUCGAAAGUUUCAUAUUAGAUUGGGUACACUAAAUAGAAUACAGUGGCCAAAUUGCUCACACUGUCAGAUUCGAUAACAACCAGCUACAACCAAGUUCAUUGCAUGGAGCUCCUUUGCCACAAGUUUCAAGUCAUUUGGUCAUUUAUACAGCGUUGUGUGUUAAAAAUCACUGUAGCAAGCAGUCUUUUCUUCUUUGAGCAGAAACUUCAUCUGCAGAAAUGAUGCUUGCAUAUCUAAUGUCACUGUGUGUUUUCUCCUGUUUGAUACGAGCAUCUCAUCGCAAAUUUGUGCGUCAUGUAAGGAACCUAUGCUGAAAUUGGACUUGAUGUAGCUGUAAAUACGGCUCAAUUUUUUACCAGCGGCGUGUGCACCCUGCCGUUACGCAAUUGCACCUCAGAGCCCAAUAUUCGGACCACGUUAAAAAAAAAUUUGUUAUGACUGAUCACAAUGCAGAGACAGAAUGCUAUCUAACUGCAUUCUUCUUUGUGCAAAGCCGGAUAAGUUUCAAUCAAAUAGUGCCAGUGCGAGAUAUGAUGGGACAUGUUAUCAAGCUCAGUAAACUUCCUCAGAUUGCUUAUCUCUCAAGAGGUGGCGCUGGUGAAAGCUGCAGAUAACAUCGUGCUGCCUCUAUACUGAUACGUGUGUUCCAUACUCUGCAUGUUUUACACUUACUUUGCAUCGCCCAUUGCAACGUCCAUGUGUUCUUAACCUCUUCACCUUUUUUUCUUUUACUUUCGACGAAGGUGUUUGCCGUUGGCUUGACAGGUGGCUUUUGCACAUUUGUGUCUGCUCUCAAGCGGUUGGCAAAAUGUCAAACUGUUCAUGAUUGGUUGCGUGGAAACCCUUUUUUUGCGCGCUUGCCACUUAUUGGUUGCACUGAAAUCGGUCUUUUCCAGUGGUACGCAGGCUGGGCGACCACUUUGCCGAACCACUAUUUGGCCAGUGUCCCAACUGAUAUUCAGGCCAACAUGAUGCGUGGUAGAAAUACUUCAAAAGGCUAGACGAGCAGAUUUCGUUUGAUAAUGGUCAGUGACCUUUGCUACGUGUUUCAUAAAGAAAGAAUAAAUCGAGAGAAAGGCUGGGCGAUCAACCAGAAUUGGAAGUGUUUUAGCAUUGAAUAGGUGCUCAGACAUAUUACAGCUAAUAAGUUCACAGUCGCUGCUUUCAUACAUCUGUAUUGUGUGUGCUGCUGAACUAUUGGUUAUGGAUUAAAAUACCGUAAAGUUACAGUUUCUAGUGACCGUCACCUGAUGUGUAGACAAUGUCUUGUUGAGGUCUCACAGGCCAAAGUUAGUGCAUCAGGCCGACUGUUUUGGCACCUGCAAAAUUUCAUGCAGGUUGUCCACAGCAUCCCUAAAGGGUCAGUUGCGUGGCCAAACUUUUGCAUGACUUGAUAUUCCGAUGACUAUAGUAACACGCUCGCAGAUGUCAAGUUUAACCCUGUCUUUUCAAACCUUUCCCAGUACGUUGCGAACUCUCAGUGUAGUCGUAGCUGCUCGCCAGUGGAAAUUGCGAGCGAGUUGGGAGCCGGCGAGAGAGCUCACGCCACCUUCUCUUCUUGCGGUGCGCUUGCUUUUUGUGUGAGACGUUUUUUUUUUUGUUUGUUUGCGCUUUGCGAGCGCGCCAGGAUCGUUUUUCGCUUCUCCGGCGGCGUUGGUAUUGUUCUCUCCCCUUUGUAAUCGCAUUUCAGCGUGGAAUAGACGACCAGACCGUGGGACAGGAUGCUCGCAGCAAAAGAAGGACACGAUCACAACAGCGGGGCAAUGCGCAGACGUGCUCUCAAUCAGCUUUCCUGAAUGUGUUUGCUAGUCAUGAUAUGUGAGCGUCUGUCAUUACCGCGAGUCAAUAAAAAAAUUAAGGGUUAUAUUCAGGUAACUCAAGAAAGGUUCAGCUACUUGCAUUUUAUUCUCCUUAAGAUUUUUUGCCAUAUUUUUUUUAUUAACACAAACUGCCUAUGCUAGAGGCAUCACAGGGGAUGGAGUACGCAAUAUAGGACAUAUACAGAUAUAUGUUUCAAGUGAGCACUCAAUUGGCACAUCUGUAUCUGCUUCUUUACGCAUACAUCACAUACAGCUAUACUUUAUUGCCAUAAUUUACAUUUUUGUCAGUCCAUGAAAGUAGUAAAAAAACCAAAGCUUUUGACUGAAGUUCUGUCGGGGACCAUUGAAUAUGGCAAUCGAACUAGCUGGUAAAGGACAAGCAUAAAAACGAGGUCAGUCUCGGCAUCUUGACAAUGCUUUGAUUAUUUCAAUGGCCAUCUGAUGUUUCGCCUUGUCUGCUUAAUGUUGCACAUUUGUGCCAGUGGUGAUGACGUUGAAGCAGCGCGAGUGCUCUUGGUCCAGCUUCAGGACGAAGAUGUGUUUCUGACGACUGAAAGCUACCAGAAACACAUUUUUUUAAUGCAUAUUUAUUUACGGUGCUUCGUGUCCUCUUCAAUCACAUGAUGUUACAUUGGUGGAGGUGCGACAACUUUGAACCUGCGUGGGACCAAGAGUGUUUGCACUGCCUCAAUGGUAUUGCCACUGACGCUGGUGUGCAGCAAUAUUUGCUUAUAAUUUUUUGUAAUUGGGCGACAGUGCUUGUGAGAAGACAUGAGCAUUGCUGAUAAAAGCAGUUGCCACACUUAAUGAAAGAUAAGUAUGUUUGUCCGGAAAUUGGCGCCAGUUUGCAACGCCUCGCAUUCGAGGACUGCUGAUCUCUUGUAUCUUUCCAUUUUCUUGUGAGCAUUAUGGCUUCAGUGUGCUCUGCUGUGUACUUUCAUAACAUAUUUGAUAAACGACUAGCGCAUUUAAAUCGGCUCAAACUAGGCAGGGUAAAUUGCAGAUCAUUGAGAAAGGCCUUUAGCCUGUAAUGGACAUAACAUAUGUUGAAAAUGAUGACAGUAAGCAACAACUUAUAAAAAGGACAACGAAAAGAGGAUCACUACGCAGGAAUCAUCUUGUCCUCGUCUUCUCAACACUGCCGCUGGUGAUAUACGAAUGACCACCAACUAGUAGCAAGAUAUCUUCUCAUUACUUAACGGAAGUGUUUUGUGCAGCAGCUGCUAGGGAAAACUUCAGUAGGAUGGCUUGUUGAGCGAGUUGAUUCAUUCUUAUGGUAGACUUGCGCAAAAAACGAAGACGAGUUUGCGUUUGUUUGUGUAAUCCUUCUCUCGUCUUUGUUUUUGCACUAAGUCUGCCAUAGGGAAAACUGUGGGGCUAGUGUCUACGGAACCUGCUAGUGCGGUGGCUUGGGAAAUACGUCAGUACACGGGUACUUCGAGAACAUGGAUUUCAAAUAGCUUUAGAGCCUUGGAAAGUUGACAAAGAAGUUUUAAAAAGAAAAAAAGCUUUUGAUUUAUCGGCGGGCUAGUUGGCAUGCAUCCAUGAAUUGCAAGUAACCGCGAACAGAAAAGGAUGUAGAUCCGUGUCAGUUCUCUUCCAAGUCCUUCUCUGUUCGUGCUUACUCAAUUUACAAUUCAUUAGUAAUGAAAAAAAUGUUCAUAAAACUAGAUGUUGCUAGUGCAGUACGGUACUGCCACAGGGUGUGUAUCCACACAUUGUCAAAAGCCACCUGUCUUGCAAUGAAGGAAGCAUGUGUGUAUGUGUGUUGUAUGCAGCUAGAGAAGCAUAUUUUGGUGUGCACUGCUUCAUGCCUAAAUAAGAUGCUUGCUCCUGUCUUGUGGGUUUAUUUUCCCUGAAAUGUUGUGAGUCAUUUAGUUGGUUCUUCAUUAUGCAUUUAAAAGUUGCCCUGCAUGGGUUUCUGAGAACAUGAUCGUAAACACGGGAUGAUGUUCGUGAACGUGUGCUUGUGGUUACAUUUAUAUUUACAACCAGUUCAGUGGAAGUCUACAUCCAUGGUUUUAUAUCUGUGCAAGAGUGUUUAAUCUGCUGGCUAAAAAUGUGUCUGGUGAAGAGGGAGGGUCUAGUACAAAUUAGCUGAUGUUUUGAGUCAAUAUUUUAUCUUUUAUGAACCAAAUUUUAUUGAAGGCAUACUUUAGCUCUCCAGUUUUUGUUGAUUUACAUAGAGACAAGAGUUUUUUGUGUUAAUCCACUGAAUCGAUUUUGAUGAAGCUUGUAGCAUUAUAAAGAGCAUGGUAAUUGCAGACUGUGCAGAAGAGAAAAAAAAAAAGGAAGUCCGUUGAUUGGCAUUUGUGUUUUGUGGUUUACAGAGGCUAAAUUCUUGCGUUUGUGGGAAGUGCAGGCCAAUUUGGUGCUCACAAUAAAAUUGAAUGGAGGGAGAUGCUUAUUAACAUUUGUUAGCUUUAUCUGUAUGCUCUUUUGAGUCUUCUUUCCCUUGGCCUGCUCCCCUGAGUGCUGUAUUGCUAUGUCUUGAGAAUGUGUGCUGUGACAUCAGUGAAAAAAAUGGUGUUGAGGUGCUGGCGAUGUUCCUCUGGAAAUGCAAACAUCUUUGGAGACGUUUGUAUGUUUGCAGAUGUCUGUUUGUGUACCUGAAUGCCCUUAAAAUACAUUCAGGUGCACGAAUGUCUUUGAAGACAUUUGCACUUUCAAAUCGCAUUAUCGGCCUGCAUUAUCGGGCCGAUAAUGCAGGCCUUCGUACUGUCACUGAACCGAUACAUUUUUCUACUUGUAGAACGUCAUGGUGCAAAGCUUUCAUGCGGUGUUAUGACUAACAGGCUCGCAGCAACACAUUGCAAGAAAAAAAAAACGCGAGGCCGAAGUUCUGGUGUCAGUAUUCCUUUAAAGUGGUAACAAUCUAUGCCAGUUCUCUACCUUGCUGAAUUCAACCACCAAUCCGGACUGGCUCUGACGUUUAUUUGAUAACCAUUUAAAAUCACUGUUCUCCAAAUUUCCUCAUUCUGUGGCACCUCCGCCUCUUUGCUUGCCUUGUAAGCUGUGUAUGUGAAAGUGUGGUGAUCCAAGUCAGUAAUACUGGAAAAAUGUUCAACGUUAAAGUGUUCACGGAUGUUGCCAGCAUGGCAGUUAUGCUUCAGCGUGGGAAUGAACGUGAGUGUUUGUCCUUAUAGGGCUGGAAGAGUGCCUGCGGCUUUCACAUCAACCUUGAUGAAGCUCGCUUGUUGCAGUACAUCUUUUGAUAUGGCACUAAUUCUUCUGCACUUAGAACAUAAAUGUGCUACGGUGUACUUUUCAGAGCUUCCUCAAUAACAGAUAGUUUGGAACGAGGUAGCCAAAGGGUUAUAGGCUGCUGAAAUUUGAGAAUCAUUGGCUUAAGGGAGGCUGGCAUGAAAUGCAAUUUUAAAGUUAUGAUGAGAUUUCACAGGCAUUUCUACUCCUGAAUCAAUUAUAGGCAUGAGAUAAAUAACCAUGAGGUGCAUUUGCUGGCACCCGAGUUCCGAGAGCAGCAAGAUACAUCCACGUAUGUUUUAAGUUUUUCGGGCUGCGGAGUCCAUUCAGCACAAAUUUAGAGGGGCACUGACACAAAAUUUCGCGGCCGAGAUAGCCUGUGUGGUCGAUUCCCAAGAACAUUCGCAUAUCAUCUGCAAAGUAUCAACAGCAAAUAUAGCUGGGAAACUAUUUUAAAAGUAUUUUGAAGUUUGUGUGAGCCCUCAACUCAAUCGCGCCAUUGACAUCAUCGAAGGGGACCCCGAGGUGACUCCCCUACUUCCCCCACGUCACCGCGCUGCGGUCAACAAAACAAGUUAUAUGACGCCAUAGCCAACAUUUUUUUUUUUUGCUGCGUUUGAUCUUGCAGUCUAUACUUUUUGGCAGCUGGUUGUUAGUGCGUGGCCGUGGCGCAGGCUUAGAAAGAUUUGUGUUUGGGUACGCUGCAGUACCAUUUACUAUUCGAGAGUAAUUCAUGAUGCGCACCGUGUGGAAGUGUGUCAUAGUUGUGUGUGGUGACGUGGUCAAGGUCUGCACAUGCUAGAUGGCGACAGUUGCACCCAGUUUUUGGAGCUCUCUCAAACCAAAACUGAUCGACAAUGAUGGGCCUGUAGUUAAUUAUCUGUAGCGUGCUACAGCAAACGAUGUCGUGUCAUGACUUUCAGGCCCCCAGUAACACAUUGCAGCAGAAAAAAAAUACGAGGCCAAAGUUUUUGUGUCAGUACCCCUUCAAGCUAUGAUCAUAGGAUGUGCUCUGCUUCACUUCCAAUUCGCUUUUGGUGCGCUGCAUUUUGGGCUGGGUCAAUGCAGUAGUUUUCAUAAUUUCCAUCCCGUGGUAACUUUCGUACAUGUCAGUAGCCGAUAUUGCCACAGGGCUCCAGCAUUCAUGGGAGAACUUUAUUGACUGCUAGUUUUGUAUUGAAAUAAUGUGCGGGCAGGGGAAAGAACGUUGCAAACUGAUGUCCUUCGCAAGCUUACAGUGUCCGUCUUGGUGUAGUCAUCGAGCAUUGGAAACGGUUAGCUUUCCCAAAAGUGCAAAUUUUACAUCCUCCUGUGUUGUUUGUCGCUGCCUACGUUUUCGAAUUCCAUUAGCUGUCUGUUGUUUUCCGAGUGUGUCAAACCCGUCAUGCUUGCCGAGAGAGAAAUGGCUGUAUUCUUAUAGGACUUGUUUAAGUUUUGGUUGGCUGUUUUUGUUGAGUGUCGCAGCAUUAUUUGUUUUGUAGUGCUGUUGUAUACGGCUUUUUUUUUCCUUUUGUUAAAAUGUUGCGCGUCAUUCUUGUAAACAGAGUCAGCAGCGUUAGCUCGAAGCAAAGCAGAUCUGACUAUACUUUAGGUCGUAGGCCUGGAGGGAGAUGUGUGCGCAACAUUCAAAUCAAAGACUUGUGCACAGUGUCGUUCUUUGGAACGCGCACAAGGAUUAUGCUUUUUAUGUUGUUUUGGCUGCCCGUAGCUACUACUUCUACUCAUGUUAUUAUGUUGUCUGUUAAACAAAUUGCUUAGGAAAUAUUUCACUUCUUCACUGCUCAUAGUUACCUUAUUUCCUUGAAAUUGUUUUAGUGGGUGCCCCUUGUGGCCUUGUAUAUUUAUACGACAAAGCUGUGCAUUGACUUUUCAUUUUUAAGUUAUUUCGCCUUUAGUGCAUUUCAUCGUUUCGUUGCGUCUCAUCGUGUGAGUCAUCAUUCUCAACAUCCUUGCUUCUGUUUCAAUAAGUGUGCGCUCGCUGUCGUGAAUGUUAUGUCGAAUAUGUUAGAACUGCAUGCCUCUCAGAUGUAACCUGCCAAUUUGUCUGCUUUUGCAAGAUAUAUUAAGUUAGUGAAUAAGGAUGAACAAAUUGCAGGUCUCUAACUGCAAGUUAUUUUGUUUUAUAAUUUCUUUUAGCUUUUAUAGAACAAAUUGAACUCAUUUAGUGCAUAAGUUUAAUGUUCAUUUAAUGCACACAUGAGGGUUGUAAAUCACUGGCGGCUUCUAAUGUUAGCAUCACGGAUUUUUUUCGCAUUAUUGAGUAACCGUGUAUAAAUGCAUCGCCUAUUGAAAAUGUGUGUUGCUUACAGUUAAACAGUUAUUUUUGUCUCCAGUACUUGAACUAGCUCAACAUAACUAAGCUUCUGUUGUUCUGUUCUGUCCCAAUCUCAGCAAACAGUACGUCAAACGAUUUCUCUGCCAAAAAUGAAAGUAUGUCCAAAAGAAAUGAAUUUUUUUCGUGUGUGCAUGUGUGUUAAUAUUCAUGCAGUCGCAGGAACGGUUUCUAUGUGCCAUGUGUGUAUCAUAAGCAUAAAAAGUUUGUUUUAAUCUGCGCCACAACACGAAAAGAAGAUAUGAUGUUUGUACAGUGGCGCCCGCGUUGAAAAGCAACCAUUUGGACUGUAUGUCUCGGUCUCGGAAUGCCAUUGUGUACAUAGACAAAAAAAAGUGGUGCCGCGAUGACAACCCGCUCAACGGAGAGCCGUGGAUUUGUGGACAAAAACAAACACAAAAAUCUUUGUCACAACCUUGUACAUACAUGAGUGUAGUGUGCUGUUUUCCUAGUGAUGCCAUUAUAGUAAAUAAAGGCUAGUUUGUAUCGCAAGAUGGCCUGGAA